AUGCGCCUCCCCUUCCACCCCACCGCCCGCCGCCUGGCGACCGCCGCCUCCAUCGGCUCCAAGUCCAGCCUCACCGAGGCCCUCGCCCUCCUCCCGCCCAUCCCCCUCUACCGCCGCAUCCUCCGCGUGCACCGCAAGAAGCUCGACCCCCAGAUGCGCCUGCUGGGCGACUCGUACGUCCAGGCGGAAUUCCGCGCGCACCGCAACGUGGAGAACCCGUUGCACAUCAUCGGCUUCUUGACGGAGUGGCAAUUAUACGCGCAGAAGCUGGAGGGCGAUGCGUGGAUCGGGGAGAAGUUGGAUAAGGGCAAGUUGGAUAAGAUGAGUGAUCAGCAGAUUGGCCAGUUGUAUGAGCUGAUGCAGGCUAUCAAGAAUGAGGAGGGCGAGGGCGAGAGCGGGGAUGGGAAGCAAUAGGCUGGGUUUCUGUGUGGAGAUGAUAGUUGAUGGACUGUAUUGCGGUGUGUAAGAUUGUGAGAUGUACUGUAUAUAGACCAACUGAUGAAGAAUGUAACCUGAAAGAAAG